AAUCCAACAGCCAUCAUGUCUAGCAAAAGGGCAAAGACCAAGACCACUAAGAAGCGCCCUCAGCGCGCAACCUCCAAUGUGUUUGCAAUGUUCGAUCAGUCACAGAUUCAAGAAUUCAAAGAGGCCUUCAACAUGAUUGAUCAGAACAGAGAUGGCUUCAUUGACAAAGAAGACCUGCAUGAUAUGCUCGCUUCCCUUGGAAAGAAUCCAACUGAUGAAUACCUGGAUGCUAUGAUGAAUGAAGCUCCAGGUCCCAUAAACUUCACUAUGUUCCUUACAAUGUUUGGAGAAAAACUAAAUGGCACAGAUCCAGAAGAUGUAAUCAGAAAUGCUUUUGCUUGCUUUGACGAAGAAGCAACAGGGUUCAUUCAAGAAGAUUAUCUGAGAGAGCUGCUGACGACAAUGGGAGACAGAUUUACAGAUGAAGAAGUAGAUGAGCUAUACAGAGAGGCACCAAUUGACAAAAAGGGAAAUUUCAAUUACAUUGAAUUCACACGCAUCCUUAAACAUGGAGCAAAAGACAAGGAUGAUUGAACAAAAUUUCAGACACCGGCAGCUAGCUCUAGUUUUCACUUGCGUUUAUUUUUGAGGGUUUUUUCCUGGUAGAACCUGUUGCAUGCAUCUAGCUUUUACAGCUUUUGCCUUUUUUCAGUAUAUUUAUCUAUUCCAGGCCAUUCUGGCACACUUGCACCUGUGUAAUCAAGCUGGAUGUGGGGGAUAUUGUAGUGAAAAGAAUCUGGGGACAAAGAUCAAUGAAUUUGAAGGCCCAGGAAAAAAGUCUCAAUGUUUCUGGUUUAGCUGGAUUUUUACAUUUUUGUAAUAAUGUCCUUUUGAAAUAAAGAUUGCUAUAUAAAUAAAAUACCUCAAACUGUUUUGUAAAGUGACAUUUUCUUGUUACUAAAUGUCAUCAAGAGUAGGUACAUAUGCUUUUAAAAAUGAAAUCUGGGUAAGACUCAAGAUGUUACAGUAAGUUUACAGUUUAUAAAAUGUUUGCAUCAAGUACUAUUUCUUUAUACUUAAGUGAGGCAGUGAUUCUCCAUUUUAUAAUAUUGUGAAAAGUACUGGUGCCUAAAUUUAAACACUCACAACUAAUGGCUUUAGUCUCUGGAGGGAAGUCUGGCUAGUGUAUAAUGUAGGCAUAAACAGAAUGAUUGGAGAAGACUUGCAGUUGAACAGCAACCACUUCUUUCUUCCCUGAAUUGUGCUGCUGAUGUAAACUGCUUUCAUGAUUUUUGUGUGUGCAUACUGAUUAGCCCUUAUUUAUUUUCCUUUACUUGAAGAGUGGGAGUAUUUUGGAAAAUUGUAACUUGGAGAACAGGAAUAUAGAAGAUAAGACAAGCAUGAUGCUAAUGUUUCAAGUAGGAGGGGACAUGUUUAUAUUUCCAUUCUGCCCCCUCCCCACCAAUAACUUGUUCUAGACUGAGGUGUCUGCACUACCACUACUGAAUGACUGCAUUUAAAAAAUGAUGUAUUGUUGCUAUACAAGCCCCUUGAUUUCAUGUGCAACUGCAGUAUGAUCAGAACUCACUUUUUUUUCAGCUACCCAUUCUUAAACAAUCGUGCUGAUGUUAAUAAGGGUCUUCCUUGUGUGGUGAUGUUAUCAAUUAAGUACAUGUGCUGCUGUCAUGAUCUAAAAAGUAGGAUGCAAAUAGAUGAU